AUGGAUUUUGUCAAGAGAGUUGACGGGCUUGACUGCCCAUAUUGCCCUAAGCAGACCGUAUGUUCGUCGACGCAUCUGCAGAACACCCAUCUGAAAUUUGCUGUUCACUUUCAAGACAGUGGGAUUGACAGGAAAAGAGGUGUUUAUUUUACUGCAAAGGACCUUAAAAGUCAAUGGGUACCGAUUCAUGUUUGUAAGUCCACUUCCAACCAGACUAUUUCCUGUGAGGUGGACACAUGCUGUGAAUUCAUGUCAAUUGCUGAACGGAGUGGCCAACCAGGAAAGGAAUGUGUCCACCUGUGCCGUGUUCAAAAUGCAACAAACCAUCCACCUCCAGCUUUGUUGAACCAAACCACACUGGAGGAAAUGGUCAACAAAGGGUUAGUGUCCACAGCCCGAAGCAAAGAGUGUCUGGAGUUGGAAAAGAAGGCUGGUCUGGACGGUACCCUUUGUGUUUACCCGGUUUUCUUUGCAGACCAUGGAUUUUCAGGAAGAUUUGUCUACUACUCAGUUUUUAUUGGAAAGACUGAUUCAUGGUGCUUGUUUGGACGGACCUGGGUCAGCUUUGACAAUAACACUGGACACCAAUCGCAGGAUGACGAAAUCAAAGAAGCGGGCAGUGGCACAGCACACGACUUUGUGCACACAGAGGCAAUACAUGUUUCAGAAAUUGAAAAGAUGACAAACUACCUGUUCAAGAAGAAACGGAUACCAGAAAACAUUGAUGGAAACUGGAGAGUACAGCCUGAUGUGCCGGUACAGUUUGAACCUUCAUAG